AUGGAUAUGGAUACGGGUAUGGAUAUGGAUACGGCCCAGCCCAGCCCCGCCGCCAGCCGGAAACUCGAAGGCUCCAAGUGCCGGGGGCAGCUGCUGAUUUUCGGAGCCACCAACUGGGACCUGAUCGGCCGCAAAGAAGUGCCUAAGCAGCAAGUGGCUUACCGCAACCUGGGCCAGAACCUGUGGGGGCCGCACCGGUACGGCUGCCUGGCGGGGGUGCAGGUGCGCACCGUGGUGUCGGGCCCCUGCGCCGCCCACAGCCUGCUCAUCACCCACGAGGGGCGUCUCUGGAGCUGGGGGCACAACUCGGACGGCAAGUUCAUCGCGCGGGCGCAGCGCAUCGAGUACGACUGCGAGCUGGUGCCGCGGCGCGUGGCCAUCUUCAUCGAGAAGACCAAGGACGGCCAGAUCCUGCCCGUGCCCAACGUGGUGGUGCGCGACGUGGCCUGCGGGGCCAACCACACGCUGGUGCUGGACUCCCAGAAACGCGUCUUCUCCUGGGGCUUCGGCGGCUACGGGCGCCUGGGCCACGCGGAGCAGAAGGACGAGAUGGUGCCGCGGCUCGUGAAGCUCUUCGACUUCCCGGGCCGCGGCGCCGCCCAGAUCUACGCCGGCUACACCUGCUCCUUCGCCRUCAGCGAGACAGGAGGCCUCUUCUUCUGGGGAGCCACCAACACGUCGCGCGAGUCCACCAUGUACCCCAAGGCGGUGCAGGACCUGUGCGGCUGGAGGAUCCGCAGCUUGGCCUGCGGGAAGAGCAGCAUCAUCGUGGCGGCCGACGAGAGCACCAUCAGCUGGGGCCCGUCGCCCACCUUCGGGGAGCUGGGCUACGGCGACCACAAACCCAAGUCGUCCACGGCGGCACAGGAGGUGAAGACCUUGGACGGGAUCUACACGGAGCAGGUGGCCAUGGGCUACUCGCACUCGCUGGUGAUCGCGCGCGACGAGAGCGACGCCGAGAAGGAGAGGCUCAGGAAGCUGCCCGAGUACAACCCGCGCACGCUGUGAGGCCGCCGCGGGGGCCGCUUCCCGAGCCCCCUUCCC